AUGGAAUCAGAACCACCCCAUCCAUCAGAGCUCAGCCUAGAAACAGGAGCAUCGCAACUCCAGGGCGUCGAAUCCGAACAGGAUCAAGUUCGUCAGCAUUCUGGAAUCAGUCUAGCGAGAACUCCAGGAGCUUCUCAACGUCCGGAUGUUGCAGCAUUCAGUAAUGAUGAAGAGGCAUCUGGAUGGUCUAUACCACAAACAUCAGUUUCUCACGUUGCUGAAAGUCACCAGCGAAGCAUCCUUUUGAAUGGGUCCAAUCGUCGUGUCCAGUUGCAGCGUUCCGCGAUAGAUAUUGUUGGAACAAGUGACACGUCGGAUCGACGAGUGCCAUCUACUCCUAAUUCGGACCAUACUCAACAUAAAUCUGUGGAAAAUCCCAGUCAUGCUUCGACCGGCGAGAACAAUUUAGAUGACAAAGACUGCAUCUUUCGCGGCUUUGUGGAACAGAGCAACCACGAGGUGGAAUGGGCACAAGGAAGAACACACAAUUUCGAUGAUCCCAAUGUCGCUGGCCCGAGUCAUCGUUAUCAGAAUGAUUAG